AUGACGGCACCUGGUAUGCCUGGUGAAGAUGUGCCUUUUGUCCGACGUGCGACCGAAUUCGUCGAGCUAAUCGAGAGUGAAAUCGCUCAACUUGGCGUAAGCGAUGCUCUCCUGAAGGCAUUGGACAAAGCGGCAAGCUCUGUACGGGAAGCGGAGAAUGAGAGCCAUAAAACUGCUAAGAUUCCGUAA